AUGAUUUACGUCUUUAAUCGCAACGGCUGCAUCUUCUAUCGGGAAUGGUACCGUCCGAACCCGCCGAACACGGACGACCACAAGCUCAUGUUCGGGCUCGUCUUCUCCCUCCGCUCCUUCACCGCCAAAAUGGAUCCCGUGAAUGGUGCAUCAGGCGACGGCUGCUCCUUCCAGUCCUUCCGCACCAACACUUACAAGCUGAACUACCUUGAGACCCCCUCAGGCAUUAAGAUAAUACUAGUAACUGAUCCGAAGAUGAGCGACCUUCGGGAUUCUUUGAAGCACAUAUACACCAACAUAUACGUUGAAUACGUCAUUAAGAACCCUCUUUAUGUGCCAGGCGAACCAUUCAGGCUGAAAGAUGGGGUUACUGUUGUCGAAGAUCAGUCCCUUGGAGACAAUCGAACAUGCGAAGAAGCAUCGAGCAGAGCCAGUGGUGCUGUCGGUAUUGAGAGAGAACCUCGGGUAAGCCGCCCAACCGUUUCCAGUUCCUUCAACCACUCCUUUCGUGCUCAGUCCUACUGCAAUGCGCACAACUCGGUCACUCUCUUCCCAGCGCGCGGCGCCAUGAGCCACGACCGCCUUGUGUACUCGGGCGACCUGUCAGCCGAAGACUUCAGAGCUGUUAAACAGAUUCGCCCGCUCUUACGCCUGGAGUACCUCCGAGGUCAAAACGCGGCGAACAUCAGGCACGGCUUGACGGGAGAGGUUCUUAUGAUGGUGGUGACAGAGGCGAGUGACGGCGAGUGGAACCAAAGGCCAGGAUUGAAUUUCAGGUGUGGGCCGGAGACUGAGGCUCGAGUGUACAGCAACGGCCUGCCAGUAGGAAUCAACAUCUGCAGCAACUACCUCGCAAUCUCCCCGCCCCCGGUCCAGCAAGAUGGGUCCAAUUUCGACUUCGGUCCAUCCAUGGUGGAAUUGGUCAAGACCUGGGAGAAUCGAGCUCUGGUGCUGUCGCACAGGGAGCCUGGUGGCUAUCCUGGGGCUAAAGUCGCCGCUUUCACGAAAGUGGGGGGUCACCGCAUGAACCCGGACAAGAGCCCGUUUCAGCGAACAUAUGCGAACCAGGUCAAGCGAUGUGGCGAGAUGUCUCGCAAGCUGCGGUAUCUGAAAGAGCAGUCGCUGAAGGCUGGGAUUCUCCCCACCCAACCGCGGACGCUCGACAAGGAUCUCGACCUGGAUGAUCUCGAGCUGAAGCUGAACGAUCUGGAGGCGGAGCUGCUGGAGAUCAACGGCAACGCGGAGAAGCUGCUCAAGACGCGCAACGAGCUCACGGAGCUCAAGCUGGUCCUGGAAAAGGCGGGGUCGUUCUUCGCGAGCGCGCAGAUGGGCGCGGCGGACUAUCAGCAGGUGAUCGAGCGCGUGUCUUCAAUCCGCGAGAGCGCAUCCAUGGACAGCCCGCUCCUGCUCGAGCAGGAGAUGGCGUCGGACUCGAGCAAGCGGCUGGGGUUCGUGACGGGGCUGGUGCCGCUGAGCAAGGUCUUGACGUUCGAGCGCCUGCUGUUCCGUGCCACGCGCGGCAACAUGUUUCUGAAGCAGGAGGUGGUGGACGAACCCGUGCUCGACCCCGCUACCGGCGAGCAGGUGGAGAAGGUGGUGUUCGUGGUGGAGAAGGUGGUGUUCGUGGUGUUCUUCUCGGGCGAGCGAGCGCGCACCAAGAUCAUGCGGAUCUGCGAGGCCUUUGGCGCCAACCGCUACCCCUUCCCCGAGGAGCCCGCGCGCCAGCGCCAGAUGCUCGCUGAGAUGCUCUCUGAGAUGUGCUCUCGUCCGUUCCCCCUCUCCUUCCCCACCCCACCCCCUCCCUCUCUUCGCCCUUCCCCGCUCCCACCCUUUUCCCACUCGCGCCCCCUUAUUCCCCACAUGCACAAUUUUCCUCUUUUUUGUCCUCGCCCUCUUGUCUCUUCCUCUGAGGUGUUCCCCGCUCCCUCCCCACUUGCACCCUUGCAUCACCCCCCUCGCUCCUGCAUCCCUCCCUUCCUCCCUGCUUUGGUCUCCCCCUACCGACACGUGCAGGUGCGGGGGCGGCUGGGGGAGCUGCAGACGGCGAUAGAUGCGGGCAACCGCCACCGCGACAACGUGCUCAACAGCAUCAGCGUCUACGUCGACCGCUGGACCUCACUGGUGCGCAACGAGAAGGCGGUGUACCACGUGCUCAACCAGCUGUCCAUCGACGUCACGCGCAAGUGCCUCGUGGCCGAAGCCUGGUGCCCCACCUCCGCGCUCGUCAAGGUGCAGGAGGCGUUGGAGCGGGGCAUGGCGGCGAGCAACGCAGCAGUGAGCACCAUCUUCCACACCCUGCGCUCCCACGAGGCACCGCCCACCUUCUUCCGCACCAACAAGUUCACCUCCGCCUUCCAAGCCAUUGUUGACGCCUACGGAGUGGCGCGGUACCAGGAGGCGAAUCCGGGCGUGUUCUCCAUCAUGACGUUCCCGUUCCUCUUCGCCAUCAUGUUUGGCGACUGGGGCCACGGCACCCUCAUGCUGCUCGCCUCGCUCUACCUCGUGCUCAACGAGAAGAAGCUCGGCUCCCAGGCACGUGCUGCUCACCUUCCUCCUUCUCGGCUCCCACCGUUCCACGCACACGCUGCUCUAUGA